AUGUCCACUUUCACUGACCAAGAAGCCGAGGCAUGCUUGAAACCCCAAUUCGAGAAGUACAUUGAAAUUGGAGAGUCAAAGGACUGGGAAGGUGUUGCCGCUUACUAUCAUCCUAAUUGUGUACUCGUUCAGAAAGGAAAAGAAGUACAUUAUGGAAGAGAGGCGGCCAAAAACGAGUUCAUCAAGUUUGACGAGCUCGGUGGAGAUGCAACCUCUACAUUCUCCAGCGUUGACUAUCAAGGAACUGGGGACUACAUAAUCAUUACUGCCAACUACACUACCAAAACUGAAAAAAUCGGAACUAUCAAUGGAAAAUUUGUGCAAAUUUGGAAUAAGGAAGGAGACAGACAUUUGAUCUACCACGACGAGUUUGAGAUUUUUGCAUGA